ACGCUAACUUGACUAAAUUCCUAUCACUUUGUCCACUUUACUUAAUUCACCCAAAAAUUUAUAUUUAUAGUUGGGACAAUUUGUAAAAAUUUCGUGGAAAAUGCCAGUUGAAGAGAAAGUAUUCCUUGAGGAUAACGUCGGAAAACGAUUAGAUCGCUGUGUAUCAGAUACCAUUGUUAAAGGAGGUGGAGGACUUAUUAUUGGAUCUGCUGUGUCCCUACUCUUUUUCAGACGACGAGCGUGGCCGGCAUGGCUGGGUACUGGAUUUGGAAUUGGCGUGGCAUAUAGGACAUGUGAAAAAGAUUUAAACAGUUUGAAGUAGAAUGUAAAUAAAAGUGAAAUAAAUUAAAUAAGAGUUA